AUGGGCGACCACCAGCCGUACGUGACCAUCCGGUCUCGCCGGCCGUACGAUGGAAACAGCGUGAGCAGUGGUGCAGACUCGACUGUAGGUGCUAGAGUCACGACUCACCAGUCGCGAAGAGUACACUCACAAGCUGGUGAUGGCCAGUAUGGAUCCAGCUCCGGCGAUGCACCCCGGACCGCCACCCACGACACAAGUCGCGUGAGCUACCAUGUCAAACAUCUCGAUAGCUUCGUGCAGACCUUGGAGGAUUCUGCAAACCGAGCAUUCCCAAAUAGGGGCAGAUCAUCACAGAGAUAUAAAAAGGUCCAGGCCUUGUUGCUUCAUUGGGGCUCCGAUGACCUCUUCGUGCUGCCCGAGCUGGAGGACUUGGAGCGUUGCCUCCGCGAGGACUACGCCUUUAACACGGACAUCUUCGCCAUUCCUUCCGAAAACUCACAUCUUGAGCUCAUGAUGCAAGUCGGCAAGCUGAUAAAAGACCACGAGGCCCAAGAUACGCUUUUCUUGGUGUACUACGGCGGCCACGCAAGGAUAGACGAGUCCAGGCAAAGCACCUGGUGCGCAACACGAAAUCCCGACUCUCCGUGGUUGCAGUGGUCAGCUAUUCAAACUCUGCUAGAACGUUCUGCCUCUGACGUUCUCAUCCUUCUUGACUGCUGCGCUGGAGCUGCGAGUGCUACAUUUCCCAACGGCAACAGUAUCACCGAGACCAUCUCAGCCUCGAGCUGGGACGCCAUUGCCCCGGAUCCAGGUCGCUACUCCUUCACCAACGCCCUCAUCGAAGUACUGCAGGAAUGGAGGCUACGCACCUUUUCUGCCGCUAUGCUGCAUGCCGAGGUUCUUGCUCGUCUUAAACAUCCUAGGCCAAUCACUAUCAACGGCAAGCUCUUUGAGGCAAGGUCAACGCCAGUCCACUUCAUGAUGACCACAAAUCACAAAGCACCCAGUAUCGAGAUGUCACGGAUUGUCCCCCCGGACGCUCGACCACCCUCACCUCCUCAGGACACGACCGCUAACGGAAGCGAUAACCCGGAUCAGUUGACAGGUGGUCGAGGGCCCGGGGCGCCGGUAUCCGAAGACCCAAACGAGGACACGCCCCAUGUCAUGAUUUCCCUCGCUUUGGAGGAUAACCAACAGCUGGAUCUCAAUGCCUGGGAACAGUGGCUCUCGAAUUUCCCAGCAAUGGCAAAGUACGUUAAGGUUCAAGGGGUGUUCAAAAGCCAUUCUACAUUGCUUUUGCUGUCGAUGCCGGUAAUGGUCUGGGACCUGUUGCCGGAGGACCAUGCGACUUCCUUCAUAGCCUUCAUCAGGUCAAACAACAUGAUGCUACAGGGAGGUCAGAAAGACAAGGCAGAGGCCGAAGUGCCUGUGGGAGUCUCUCGUGCAACGCUCGACAGGACACAGCCCGACUCGGCGUCAAUGAAGACGUUUUUCUCGGACACCACCUACACUUAUGCCCCGACAGACCAUGGCAGCAUGAUUGGCCAGCAACUGGCUGACAUGCGUUCAUAUUCGCUCGGAGAGGGGCGAGCCUCUAGGCGGAACAUAGGCACAAGGCAACAGGUGUCCACCGAAGCUAUCUCGCCGUCGUCAUCGCCGACGAGCGGUCCUGCUGGGUUGUUGAGAGCUGGACCUUCCUCGGCAUCCCUGGCCAGUCUUCAGCGGCAGCUUUCGUCGUCCUCUCAGACAUCUGCGGAGAUCACAUCGAGAACAAUGAUUCCAAACCAACAGAGGAGUUCACGGAGGACUGUGUUCCAGGAUAUCCCCGAACCACCCAAGUUCUCGCAGCAUAUUGAGACGCUGCUUCAACAAUACUACGAUCAGGAACCUUUGCCAAAUGACGAUCAAAAGAACUUUGUUGCUUCCAACUUAGGCGUUGAGCUGUGGCAUGUCGAGGUGGGUACUCUACGUGGGAUCCUCUUGGUUGACCUCCGAUCUCCGACUGAAUUCGAGAGGUCUCACAUACGCGGUGCAAUCAACCUCCGCGCGCCCCCGAGAUUCAUUCAAGAUGCCCCCUUUGACAUGAUUGAGCGUGCCUUCGCCGACCAUGAUAGCGGACGGAAGUUUGGAGAGUGGAGAUCUGCACACUGCUUGGUUGUCUACGCCCGCGCCGUCGACUCCGUAUGGGAGUGUCCCGUUGCCGACGUGCUCUUUACAAAGUUCAAGAGCUGGGGCUGGCCGGGCCGAUGUUUCGUGCUCAAGGGCCACUACAAGGAAUUUUCGGUCUCGUAUAGCAACUCCAUCGAGAGUUCCAAGAUGACCAACGAAGCCAGGGCAGCCCGCACGGAAUUAGCACUCCGCCGGGACGCCCAUAAACAAACAACAGACACGCUGUCAGAAGAUGAUGACGCGGCGAGACGGCUACAAUACAAUGACCUGCUGACUCAGAUCGACAGCGAGGAGGGACGGGUGAACCCCUCAUCCUCGGCGUCAAACCCUACAGCCAGCUCUGACCGCGCGCGAGCCAUGGAAGAGCAUGAACGAGACCUCGAAGCCGAGUUCCGGCGUCGCGUCCCGGACCUCUACCGCAAAGCCCUGGACGUCGUCCACGGCAGCAGCGGCGUCCCUACCGCCGUCGCCUCCUCCGCACCCGUGACGCCAGCUGCCGCCCCUACCGCUGCACCUGUCCAGCCCGAUGAUGGAUCAGGCUCACCUGCCACGCGAAGUGACAGAGCGGGUGGCGACAAGGACUGUGGCACAACGUUUGGUUUUGACACAAAGGCAACGCUCGUCGAGUACCUCGACAGAGGCCUCUCUCACAUCCGGCAGGGGAUACCCGCCCAAGCCUCGUCUAUAGCUACUUCUGCCGCGACACCCACAGCUACUGCUGCCCUGUAUACGACACCUCCAACCAACGACACUUCACCGGGACUGUCGAAACUCGCCGCCGAGGGCUGCUACUUCGACUCAGGGGCAGCAGCGGCGGCGGCGGCUGGGGCGUCUUCGGACGAUUCGUACGUGAAGAUCAACAGGGGAGAUGCGCAACUAGCGAGCGAUCCGGGCCUCGGAGGAAAAGACGGGACGACAAAGGACCACCAUCACCAGCAGCAGCAGCAACGACAAUCAGUCGUCACGGGGGAUGAAACGCCCAAAAGGGGCCGGGGCGGUUUCCUAAAUAAGGUUCUGCGGCGAGCAUGA